AUGAAGCUUCUCGUGGUUAUUCCCGUUUUUCUUCUAGUGUCUACAGACGCGUUCCUCUUCGGAAACGUUGGAUGUGGAUGUUUCCCUCAACCAACGUCAUGUGAUGGUUAUGUAACACCCAAACCGUAUUAUCCUGUGCCACCUAAACCAUAUUAUCCAGAACCACCGAAGUCCUAUUAUCCAGAGCCAGCGAAGUCCUAUUAUCCAGAGCCAGCGAAGUCCUAUUAUAUGGAACCAGCAAAACCUUACAACCCGGAAAGAGCGAAGCCCUACUAUGAAGAACCACCUAGGCCGUAUUACACACCUGCACCAUAUUACGUUCCUUCUCCUGGUGAGUUUAUGGUGUCUAAAAAAUCUAAAGAAUUGCAUUUUUCUUAA